AUGGAGCCCCUCCCUUCAGCCUUCGACUCCCCGACCCAUUCUAGAAACAAGUCGGCAGAGUCCCAAAUUCGCAUCGAUGAGCUGCCGGCCGUGAACCGAACCCGUCAUGGAGGUCUUCCCAACAAUGCGACAUCUCCUUUACGCCGCGCCAACACGGUGGCACAGAGUGGGAACCUCAUUAAGAGGAACCUAGAACUCAAGGCUACACGAGAGAAGACCGGCAUGACGACUGGGAUACGUGCUAAAGAUAGCCAUGAAAUGUUACGAAAUGCCCCAUUACAACGAUCUAAGACGCAGAUACACCGGCCUCCGCUCGAAGCCCGUCCAGCGGGACGCAAAGCAGGUCAUUUUACGGUUGGAAGUGUCGGCCAAAAUGGCAAGAUCUUUCUCAGGCCGAUUGCAAAUUCGCCGCAGAAAGCCCCUUCAAUAGUUCCAUUCUCCUCUAUCGAUCAAGUAGCGAGUGACCGUCUUCAGCCGCAAAGACACGCGCCAGUUCGAGAUGACCCGUCACGGUGGUCGAGUUCGCAGCUGUCUGAACUUCGCCCACGAGGAAACCUCGCCGAUGAUAAUGACUCUGUCUUUUCCGAAACACCCCGGCCCGAAUCCAACCUCUACCAUCGCCAACGAUCCAAUUCCUUUUCUACAAUUUCAGAGCAGCAGUCUGUAUCGGGUUCUGGAAAGCGUGGAGAGUUGCGCAUUGUGAUUGACCGAUCGGAGGAUCGACCCAAGUCAGCGGGCGAGAAGACUGGCAACUCAGCUCUAGAAGUCCCGAUCCCCCAUUACCGGCUCGGUUCCCCACGUUUCAACACUGAAGGUAGUGCAAUCCUGCAUAGUUCCGUCUACACGCGGACCUCAAUGUCCGACAACUUUCGAAACUCGACCCUGCUGGGUGGCAUGGCGGAUCCUUUGCCAACUCAUCUUCAAAGUGCGUACAGCAGAGAUUCCUUUUCUCGAAAUCGCCCCUCUUUUGCAGUCUCUUUAUUUUCUGGGACCGGGGCUAUAGAUCUCAGCCGAGCUUCCCCCAUCCCGAGGAACUCGGUGGUCUACGAGUUGAAGGGACCCGUGGAGCCUUCGAUCUAUGAAGCCUUGGUCUCGGAUAUGGAUGGGGAAUCGGUUGUACGGUAUAUCCCUGGCACCAAAGAUAUAAGCGCAGCUACACCCGCCCGCAUCGUUGCACAGAUCUCUUCCGAGUCGUUCAUGGACUAUGAGCUGGUCUCGGACUUCUUCCUCACGUUCCGCUCAUAUCUUUCCCCAAGCCACUUGCUUGCUCUACUUCUUGCGCGUCUGCAAUGGGCUAUCAACCGCCUUCAGGAGGAUGGUCGCAUUAUUCGCAUUCGGACCUUUGCAGCACUUCGCCAUUGGAUCUUGAAUUAUUUUGUCGAUGACUUCGUUGCACACUAUGAUCUUCGAACCCACUUUUGCGACACUAUCAACAUGCUGUACGCUGAUGUGAAGUCACGAGAGACCGGCGGUAUGAGUGAUUUGAAGAUUCUUAUCGACUUGAAGCGUUGUUGGAAUGGAAAGUGCUCCGUCUAUUGGACUGCAACUGAAUUCUCGCGUGCCUACAAUGACCCCGAUACUCCAAUCGCCCCCGGCAGCCUUCAUAUUGACUUGCCUCCUGUCGAGGUGCUUCACCAGAACGCUCCCUCCGAGGGAAGUGCUCCUCAGACAGAUACGAGGUCCCGUGACAGUCUGCCUGUGUCCUUCCAGCAUGACCGGAAUGACUCUGCUGCCACUGCGCAAAGCAUACCUUUCUCCACCAAGAGUGAGCAGAGUAUAGUAGCACUGUCGUGUUCGCUGCCCCCCAAAUCUCUGAAGCGCUUGUCCAUCCCUUAUUCAAAAGGAAAGGCACCGCAUCCGGUACCCUUGGGCCUUACCAAAAGCACGUCUCCCCACGAACCACCUCCUUCGUCACCAAAGCUGUCACGGUACCCCUUCCAUGGACAUACACACAAGAGAAGUGGUAGCUUCUCUGAUUCCGUGCGAGAUGAUCGACUGCCUAUGUUUGGCGUAGAACCCGGCUCGGCCGUACCUCCACCGCAAGAGAUCCUGGACCCCGUCAGCUUCAUCCGCGGGGCUCUGUAUCCCCCGGCGGAGUCGUACAUGACAAUGAUGGCACCGGACUCUCCUCCGUUGGCUCCUCCCUCAAACUCAUCUAAUCCGGAUCGACGCAGCAUCCCCGAUGGCGGGCCUAAAACGGGACCGUCGAAUUCGGGCGUGAGAACUAUUAUUGGGUCGAUCAAGCGAGUGCUUCAUACCAGAAAUGGCGGCCAAAGUGUCUCUGCUAGGAUUGCGAAUGCUUCCGAAGCUAUUUCGCUACCCUCUCGUGGGAAGACAUCCGCCAUGCCUAACCAUAUUGCUUUGGGAUCUGAAUUCUAUCGCGAGAGAAAGAUUGCUGCGGAGCCUAAGCGACCAGCUCGGAUUGACUUGCUCUGUGAUGAAUCUCUGAAACAAUACCGUCAGGUCAUGGGCACGCAUGAGGCUCAGCGAGAGACGACUCAGCAUCUGGACGCUGCCCCUGGUUUUCAAAAUGCCUUGCCCGAUCCUUCCGUAGAGCCCCAUCGUCUGUCGCCUCUCGAAACUCCUAGAGCGGACGGCUCCAAGAUCAAGAGUGGACUAACUACUGGCAGUGGAUCCAUCGUUAUUGUAGAUGACACUGGAUUCGAGUUUCCUGUCAUGUCAGGAGCUGUGCAGGGUUUUGAGCCAGCUGUCUCUGACAAUCAUGUUCGAUCUAAUUCGGACAGCAAAGUGAUGUCGGUCAUGUCAAAUGUCCAGUCACAAACAUCAGUGCCAGGUGAGGGAGAAUAUUUGCUUCCAGUCUACUACAAUGGCGAUGUAUCAGAGGCCAAUGACUUGCGCCCAGCCCCUUCGAACCGUCCUGGUUCUCUUGCACAACGGCGGUCCUUUUCUACCGAACGCCAAGCUACGCCCACCAAGCGAAUGUCGCUCUCCCUUCGCCUUCGAAAGUACGCUUCUUUCCAGAGCGGAAUUUCCAAGCAUCGUCUGUCGAUGAAUAGUGACACUAGCAAGUCCAUCGCUGGCUCGUUCACCACGCAAGAUCUCAUGGAUAAGCCGAUGGGCCCAUCACUUCGUCGACGGCCUGGCGGCAACUUGCGUCAGAUGCAGUUUGUGGAUGAGCUGGAGCCAGGCUCUGGUCGUGAAUCCUUCAUGUCCACUGGCUCUUAUGGUGACUCUUUGGUGGAGACUACCUCCACAGCCAAUGAUCAUGUCGAACGCCCACCCUCAGCCUUGAUCCCUCCAAACCCUCGAUUCUCCUUGAUCGAAGGUGGUUCUAACCGCAACCUGCGGCGCUCUUUCGAAGCAGCUAUUGCUCAAUUUGCACAGAUUCCCGAUGACGACGAUGGUGGUAUCGAAUCAACUCUGCUCAAGCUCGAGGGCAAGUGGAGAGGCCCUGGCGGCGUUCAACAAGCCAGUGGACGUGACGAGAGCUCUCGUGUCGAUAUCGCGGGGCAUGGUAAGCCUGACUGGGAAGUUCUUUCUCGACGUCGGCAGACAGACAAAUCGGCCUACUCUACCGUUGGAGGGAGACUUGCACCUCCUCGGCCCUACUCAGAUUCCGUGGCCGAGUCUGAAGAGUCUUACAACUCGAUUCCUCUUCUCGAGCGAGGACUGACGGACGAGUCAAUGAAGCGGCCGCCCACGAGUCGAGUCGAUGUUCAUGGUGCUCCACUCAGUCUUAUUUCUAGUCGGGAUACUUCUGAGCUUGCAUCGUCGCAUCCCUCGAUUCAGAUUAUUCAAAAGACGGAAAGCAUCCAACGCAUCCCCCGUGGAUCGACGGUUCCUGAAUUAGUUCCCGGGUCGACUGGGCAGAAUACUCCCAAGCGCCUAUCUGCUUUGUCCUCGGAGUUGUCUGUUGACAUGAUCGAUUCGCGAGAGGUCAUGGGUGGCCGACUGUCUACUGAUACUCGCAGCCUUACCGCUUCGACUGUUGAUAUCCCACCUCAUCCUCUAGCACACCCACCAUCUCCUCCGAUGACCAUUCAACAUCCCGGCUCAUUCGGUUCCUCCGUGUCGCCAUUGGACAAGGUGUUGUUCCAACCACAGCCUCUCACACCUGACACAUCUCCCAGGCAUCGGGAGGUGGAUACAGCCAAUAUCAGAUCUAGAAAUGUCCCCCAGUUUUCGACCGAUGUUCUCUCCAAUUCGGAGAAGAAUCGCCCGGUUCAACUGACCCUCAACGAGGCUGGGCCCGACCACGUGCCUUUCAUCCUCGCUUGCGAGUCUCAAAUGCUUGCUCAACAGUUAACUCUGGUCGAAAUGGCUGCCUUGAGUGAGGUUGAUUGGCGGGACUUGGUCGAGAUGAAGUGGAGCAGUGCUUCUCCGGCUAUCACCAGCUGGGUGCAAUUCCUUUCUUCGGAGCAGCGUAAAGGCAUUGAUCUGGUCGUUGGUCGCUUCAACCUGAUGGUGAAAUGGGUCGUGUCCGAGAUUGUCCUCACCCGGGACAUUCAUGAGCGAGCCCGCACCGUUGUCAAAUUCAUCCAUACCGCUGCCCAUGCACGUCGCAUCUGCAACUAUGCGACGAUGCUUCAGAUCGCGAUCGCUUUGUCUUCGUCAGAUUGUACUCGGCUGCAGAAUACGUGGCAGCUAGUUCCGGCAGAAGACAAGCGGUUGUUCAAGGAUAUGGAAUGUUUGAUUCAACCCGUUCGCAACUUCCAUGAUCUUCGUGUGGAAAUGGAGACAGCCAAUCUUCAAGAAGGUUGCAUUCCAUUCAUUGGUCUUUACGUACACGACCUGACCUACAAUGCGCAAAAGCCAGCCCAGAUCAACAGUUAUGGUGGAGGACUACUGGUCAACUUCGAACGGUAUCGCACAGCAGCUCGUAUUGUCAAGAGCCUUCUUCGCCUCAUCGACGCUAGCACGAAAUACCGCUUUGAGCCCGCUCAAGGUAUCAUUGAGCGGUGCUUGUGGAUUGCAUCUCUCUCCGAGGAGGAGAUCCAACUCCGAAGCAAGAGGCUUGAAUAA